AUGCGCGCUCCACUUGCUAUAUGGAGCUUGCUAGUCUCUCUUCUUCUCGCUUCUUCCUCACUUGCAACUCUACGACCUCGUACACCUCAACCACGAUCAUAUGAUACUCACACAUACUACGCAUUAGAAUUAGAUCCCUCCACCACCCUUUCCCUCGCUACCUCGAUAUCCCAUGAUCUUGGAGUGGAACUCGUAGAGCCGAUAGGAGAACUAGAUGGACAUUGGCUGGUCCGCACACCUGCAGUAUCAUCAUCAUCAAGCACUGUGUCGUUACAGAAUCGCGAUGUCGUAGAAGAUCCAAUACUGAAAAGAUGGAGUUCACAAAAUCCGAAAGGAAAACGAUCAUUGACACCGCUGAGUGUGCGGCAAAGAGCCAAAAGACAUCAUAUACCGUUCACCAGAAAUCGUCAUGUCAGAGACGAUACGACGGAAUUAUUAUAUGCCCAGAACGAAUUACAACUGAAAGACCCAAUGUUGGAUCAACAAUGGCAUUUAAUCAACACAGAUAUGAAAGAUAUAGAAUUGAAUGUUACGGGACUGUGGGGCAGAGGAAUAACGGGUGAAGGUGUACAUGUCGUCAUUGUUGAUGAUGGAUUGGACUUGAAUAGUGAUGAUCUGAAGGAUAACUUUUUCCCCGAAGGAUCAUACGACUUCAAUGAUCAUACUGAAUUGCCCUUACCCAGAUUGUCAGAUGAUCAACAUGGAACUCGAUGUGCAGGAGAAAUAGCAGCUGUACCCAAUGAUGUUUGUGGAGUUGGAGUAUCAUAUCGAACGAAAAUAGCUGGAGUCAGAAUUUUAUCUGCACCAAUAUCAGAUGCCGAUGAAGCUGCCGCCUUAAAUUAUGGAUACCAACUAAACGAUAUAUUUUCAUGUUCAUGGGGUCCACCUGAUGAUGGUAAAUCAAUGGAAGCUCCAGAAGGUUUGAUCUUGAAAGCAAUGGUAAACGGUGUACAAAAUGGUAGAAACGGGAAAGGUUCUUUAUUCGUUUUCGCCGCUGGAAAUGGUGGUGGAGCGGAUGAUCAAUGUAAUUUUGAUGGUUACACGAAUUCAAUAUUCUCAGUCACCGUAGGUGCUGUAGAUAGAAAAGGGUUACAUCCUUAUUAUUCAGAAAUGUGUGCAGCCAUGAUGUUCGUAGCUCCAAGUUCGGGGAGCGGUGAUCAUAUCCACACGACGGAUGUCGGUCAGAACAAAUGCGCUCAUACACACGGAGGUACUUCUGCUGCCGCCCCCUUAGCUGUGGGCGUGUUUGCUCUAGCUCUAUCUGUCCGACCGGAUCUGACAUGGCGAGAUUUCCAACAUCUUUCUGUGCGAAAUGCUGUAUUCUUUAACAGUGAUGAUCCGGAUUGGGAGAAAACUUCCGCUGGAAGGAUGUUCAGUUACAAAUAUGGAUACGGUCGACUAGACGCUGGUCUGUUCGUAGAAGCAGCUGAAAGAUGGAAGCUUGUGAAACCUCAAGCCUGGUUUGAUUCGCCAGCUGUCUAUCUCCCGACUACCGAUGCUCCCCCUACCACUGCCUCUACCCCUUCCAAACGUCAAGAUGACAACACGGUGACGAGUUCAGAUGAAGGGUCUUCUACCACAGAUACAGGUGAAGGUGAACAACCUGAGCCUACCGAGGCUGCACCGAAUCCUGAACCAGUAGUCGUACCGACUGGUUCCUUUAUUACCGAGGGAGGAAUCACCUCAACAUACGAAGUUACCAAAAAUAUGCUCAAAGACUCAAAUCUGGAAAGACUGGAACACGUGACUAUAAGAGUAUGGAUAGAUCAUCAAAGACGAGGAGAUGUCGAAGUUGAAGUCACAAGUCCAAAUGGGAUAGUAAGCGUGUUAUCUAGACCCAGGAGAUUUGACGAUGCCGAUACUGGAUACCCCGGAUGGAAAUUCAUGUCUCUGAAACAUUGGGAAGAAGACCCAGUCGGAAUGUGGACGAUUAAAGUGAAAGAUCAAGCCAACCCCGAAAAGACUGGAAGGUUCAUUGCUUGGUCACUUCAACUGUGGGGAGAAUGUAUCGACGCUUCCAUUGCAAAGAUAUGGGCACCCGCAGAAGAAGGUCAACCUGAUCAAGAACAAACUGGAUCAGAUCAGACUGCGACAACUACACAAAAGCCUAAACCAACGGAUCAUCUCCCAGGUGAUCAUGGAGAUGCAACGGGUGAAGCUACCAAACCCGGACUAGUUUCAACCACAGCUGGAAGUGCGUCACCUACCGAAACGGGCAUUGGAGGCGGAGAUGAAGAUAUUGCAGAACCUACAAGCGCAACCGAUGCAGAUGCAGAUGAAGGUUUCUUUAGUGGAAUAACAACCUUGACUGCAAAUUCAACUUGGUUGGUCGGAGCAGGAAUGAUCAUUGUUCUGUUCGGUGUUGGAAUCGGUUCAUUCUUCUUUUACAGAUCAAGGAAAAGAAGACAAAACUUGUUCGGUUUAUCAAAUAAUGGGGAAGGUGCAAGAGGUGCUUACGCCCCAGUAUCGGAAGAUGUUCCUAUGGGAUUGUUAGAAAGAAGUAGGAAGAAAUUCGGUGCAGGUGGUUCGAACGCUGCGGCUGCCGGUGCUUUAGGUGGAUCAAAAGAAUUAUAUGAUGCUUUUGGGGAUGGACCAAGUGAUGAUGAAAGUGACGGUGAUGAUGAAAGGACAGCUUUAAGAUACCAUGAUGAUUUCUUAGAAGAUGAAGGUGACGAUCAUGCCCGUGGCCAUCCAUCUCGCGCAACCGGACAAGGGCAAUACAAAGAUGUGCCGCAAACCGAAGAACAAGGUACACCGAAACAAACUACAACAAGUGCAACGGCAAAUACGAGUGCGAGCGGAAGUGGCAGUUCUGGAAGUUGGCAAGACGCGGCUGAAGAGAUAACGAAGUAG